GCUUGUGGUUGUUUUCGGUAGCAAAUCCAUUUUGGUACUCGUUGGGGAUAAACUUGCCACCGCUAAUCUCCAAAUCAACACCUUUCGGUGGGGCGGCAGUUAUUUUUACUGGAGUUGCCCCUAGCCUCAUCAUCUUACCGGAAUCGCUACUUUGACUGUCGCCCACGCAAUCACGGAUCGGUGAUGGUUUCAACCGAUUUUCAUCGUCCCCAUCGUCGUCCGCAGUUUUCCUCUGAUCGGGAGAGUUUGGCUUCUGGGUGGAAAAGCGUUUUUCCACACGGUUGGUCUGGUCAGUUGCACCCGUAACUUCGGUCGCUACGGAUGGUUCCUCCCCGGUUGGGCCGACUCGAUCGUUCUGGUUACUGUUACUAGUCUUGGCGGUAGAACGCUUUUUGGGAGAAUUGUGAAAAGUGAACCUUGAUUAAUUUUUGGAGGAAGAUUUCUAUUGUAGACUCAUUUCAACAUGGCGGCCACAUGCUUUGGAUGCAAGGAGGAGAUCAAGGACAAGAUGCUGGAGGCUUUGGACAAGAAUUGGCAUCCGGAGCACUUUGCCUGCAAGGAGUGCAAGAAGCGCAUCAUCGAGAACAAAUUCCACGAAAGCGAUGGACUCCCGGUGUGCUCCAAGUGUUUCGAGUCCAAGUUCCAGGCCAUCUGCGCUUCCUGCCGGAAGAUGGUCACCGAGAAAGUGGUGAAAGCCAUGGGCAAAACCUGGCAUCUAGAGCACUUCAUCUGCGGUGGACCCUGCAAGCAGCAACUGUCCGGCCAGACCUUCUUCGAACGCAAUGGCAAACCGUACUGCACGACCGACUACGAGCGACUGUACGCUCCCAAGUGCGGUGGCUGCAAGAAAGCCAUCUCGGAGAAGGCCAUUUCCGCUCUGGAAGGCAAGUGGCAUAAGGAGUGCUUUCAGUGCAAGCUCUGCAAGCAACCAAUCGGCGUGGACUCAAAGUUCCGUUCCGACAAGGACAAGCAACCGAUCUGCGAGAAGUGCGGAAUUUAAAGCUCUACAAGAACACGAUCGUUUUCAUCUCUCUUUCUGAAUUCGCAACCUAUGGCAUUACCUACAUUGCUGAAAUCGGCGUAAUUUAGAAGAUAAAGCAUAAUGUCCUCUCUCUAUUCACUUACAUUUGAACAACAAGAACAACAACUUUGACUAACUUUGAAAAGCUUCUGAUACGCGCGCGAUUUGUUGAUUGAAAUCGGUUUUAGUUCCACAAAAAUGUGUGUUAAUUAAGCAAUUUGUAUUUACAUGUAAUAAAAAUAAACUUUGAGUAAUUUUAUCAUUAUGAGAUGAA